GUUUUUCAGUUGAAACAGUUCAUUGAAACCGCAGCGCAAUUCACAACGCUUCCGGCGAAUCCCAUAAAGUUAUCGGCUGGAUCCGCGUUCGGACGUUUGGCGAAAGGCACCACCCUAAAACCAUCGAGUUCGGAAGUGGAGUUUUUCAUCACGGCGAGACGUAUAUCUCAUAAUGAAUAUUCAGUGACUUUCUCCAAAUCGAAGCCAAAAUCCAUAAGGUCUAAGGUUGACACAACAGUUAGCCUAACGGCAAGUCUUUUAUUGGAUUCCGCUUCGAAAAAUUCGUCAAUUUUGGUAACACUCAGUGAUUCUCAAAUACUCAGUAUCUCAUGUGCUGGUGCAGUGAAGACGUUGCAAAGUUGUGAUUCCGUUGUAAUGAGAGCUCGCCCAGCUGAUCCAGCCUGUCCGAGUAUGGUGGAGCUACUCGCGCCGCCAGAAGCGGUCGAGUUUGUGAGAAGAUGUGAUAUCUGUGAAGUGGAUUUACACACGAAGGAAGCAAGUGAUGCACACUUUUUGUCUGAGGAUCACGAAACAGCUCAGCUCACGCUACCCUUCCCUACCGCAAGUUACGAUGCCAUUGAUCAUUCAAUGUUGCCUGCAGCCGCUGUUCCAUUGCAAAGGAAGGACGAGCGUACAGACUUCACGUGCAAACUGUGUGGAAGAAAGUUUUUGGAUAUGGAACCCUUGGUGGCUCACAUUCGAUUGGAGCACGAACGCGAUCACCCUCAGGGAAUUACUCUCUCGCUGGCAAGAACGGCUCCAUAUACCUAG